CUCCAGCCGAGAGAAGGGAGGGAGAGGCGCGGAGUAAGGGCGGAUCCGCGCGUUCCCAGAGCCAGGCUGAGCGGAGCGAGCCGCAGCUCGCAGACUUCUCCCGCACAGAGCUCGAGCGAGUUCCCAGGAGCCUGUGACUCACGCCCCGAUCUGCAAACCAGAAAGGAAUCUUUUCCUUAGCCUUUUGGAAUAGCACUUAGGGCUGUCAGCAUGAGUCCUGGGAGGCGUUGGGGCACCCCUUGUCUUUUUCCUUUACAGCUCUUUAGCCUCUGCUGGGUGCUCUCAGUGGGGCAAAGCAAGACAGUGCGAUACAGCACCUUCGAGGAGGAUGCCCCCGGCACGGUCAUCGGGACCCUCGCUGAGGAUCUGCAUAUGAAAGUAUCCGGAGACACAAGCUUCCGCCUGAUGAAGCAAUUCAACAGCUCUCUGCUCCGGGUGCGCGAGGGGGACGGGCAGCUGACCGUCGGGGACGCAGGCCUGGACCGGGAGCAGCUGUGCGGCCAGGCCCCGCAGUGCGUGCUGGCCUUCGACGUGGUCAGCUUCUCCCAGGAGCAGUUCCGGCUGGUGCACGUGGAGGUAGAGGUGAGGGAUGUGAACGACCACGCGCCCCGCUUUCCCCGGGCCCAGAUCCCCGUGGAGAUCUCAGAAGGGGCGGCCGUGGGCACGCGCAUCCCCUUGGAGGUGCCGGUGGACGAGGACGUGGGGGCCAACGGGCUGCAGAGCGUGCGCCUGGCCGAGCCGCACAGCCCCUUCCGAGUGGAGCUGCAGACGCGUGCAGACGGCGCCCAGUGCGCCGACCUGGUGCUGCUCCAGGAGUUGGACCGCGAGAGCCAGGCGGCCUACAGCCUGGAGCUGGUAGCCCAGGACGGGGGGCGCCCGCCGCGGUCCGCCACAGCCGCCCUGAGCGUGCGCGUGCUGGACGCCAACGACCACAGCCCGGCCUUUCCGCAAGGCGCCGUGGCCGAGGUAGAACUGGCCGAGGACGCUCCGGUGGGCUCGCUGCUGCUGGACCUGGACGCAGCCGACCCCGACGAGGGGCCCAACGGCGACGUCGUGUUCGCCUUCGGCGCCCGCACUCCACCCGAAGCCCGCCGCCUCUUCCGGCUCGACCCGCGCUCUGGCCGCCUCACCCUGGCCGGCCCCGUAGACUACGAGCGCCAGGACACCUACGAGCUGGACGUGCGGGCCCAAGACCGUGGCCCCGGGCCUCGAGCCGCUACUUGCAAGGUCAUUGUGCGCAUACGCGACGUCAACGACAACGCUCCCGACAUCGCCAUCACCCCUCUGGCCGCCCCCGGAGCCCCGGGCACCUCGCCCUUCGCUGCUGCAGCUGCCGCCGCAGCACUCGGUGGAACCGACGCGACCUCCUCUUCCGGGCCCGGGACGCCCGAGGCUGGAGCCACCUCGCUGGUGCCAGAAGGAGCGGCGCGCGAGAGCCUGGUAGCGCUGGUCAGCACCUCGGACAGGGACUCGGGCGCCAAUGGGCAGGUGCGCUGCGCCCUCUAUGGGCACGAGCACUUCCGGCUGCAGCCGGCCUAUGCGGGCAGCUACCUGGUAGUGACCGCGGCGUCCCUGGACCGCGAGCGCAUCUCCGAGUACAACCUGACCCUGGUAGCCGAGGACCGCGGCGCGCCCCCGCUGCGCACCGUGAGGCCCUACACGGUGCGCGUGGGCGACGAGAACGACAACGCGCCGCUCUUUACCCGGCCCGUCUACGAGGUCUCCGUACGGGAGAACAACCCACCUGGCGCUUAUCUGGCCACGGUGGCUGCCCGUGACCCAGACCUGGGCCGCAAUGGCCAGGUCACCUAUCGACUGUUAGAGGCCGAAGUGGGCCGCUCUGGCGAUGCGGUGUCCACCUACGUCUCCGUGGACCCGGCUACUGGCGCCAUCUACGCGCUGCGAAGCUUCGACUACGAGACGCUGCGCCAGCUCGACGUGCGCAUCCAGGCCAGCGACGGCGGGUCCCCGCAGCUCUCCAGCAGCGCUCUGGUGCAAGUGCGAGUGCUGGACCAGAACGACCAUGCGCCCGUCCUGGUGCACCCGGCACCAGCCAAUGGUUCCCUAGAAGUCGCCGUCCCCGGGCGCACCGCAAAGGACACGGCUGUGGCCCGCGUGCAGGCCCGCGAUGCGGAUGACGGCGUCAACGGGGAGCUGGUAUUCGAUCUGCAACAGCAAGAACCCCGCGAAGCCUUCGCCAUCGGCCGCCGCACGGGGGAGAUCGUUCUCACCGGAGACCUCUCACAAGAGCCUCCGGGCCGCGUGUUCAAGGCGCUGCUGGUCAUAUCCGACGGCGGCCGGCCGCCUCUCACCACAACUGCCACGGUCAGCUUCGUGGUUACGGAAGGCGGCGGGCGCGGGCAGGGUGCGCCCGCCAGUGCGGGGAGCCCAGAGCAAUCACGCCCCCCUGGCUCUCGGCUCGAGGCGUCGGGGCCUGCGGUACAAUGGGACACUCCGCUGAUCGUCAUCAUCGUGCUGGCCGGGAGCUGCACACUGCUGCUGGCCGCCAUCAUCGCCAUCGCCACCACCUGCAACCGCCGCAAGAAGGAGGUGCGCAAAGGGGGGGCCCUCCGGGAAGAGCGGCCCGGGGCGGCGGGCGGCGGAGCCUCGGCUCCCGGAUCCCCGGAGGAGGCCGCCCGGGGAGCUGGGCCCAGGCCCAACAUGUUCGACGUGCUCACCUUCCCUGGCAGCGGCAAAGCGCCCUUUGGCAGCCCCGCGGCCGACGCGGCCCCACCCGCGGUCUCCGCGGCCGAAGUGCCGGGCUCGGAGGGCGGCAGCGCCACUGGGGAAAGCGCCUGUCACUUCGAGGGGCAGCAGCGGCUCCGCGGCGCGCACGCCGAGCCCUACGGAGCCUCCCCCGGGUUUGGAAAGGAGCCGGCGCCCCCCGUGGCGGUCUGGAAGGGACAUUCCUUCAACACCAUCUCUGGCCGAGAAGCAGAGAAGUUUAGCGGCAAAGACAGCGGCAAAGGGGACAGCGAUUUCAACGACAGCGAUUCGGACAUCAGCGGGGACGCUCUGAAAAAGGAUCUCAUCAACCACAUGCAGAGCGGAUUGUGGGCGUGCACGGCUGAGUGUAAGAUCCUGGGCCAUUCUGACCGCUGCUGGAGCCCAUCCUGUGGGGGGCCCAAUGCACAUCCUUCGACUCACCCACCUGCGCAGAUGUCCACCUUCUGCAAGAGCACAUCCCUGCCUCGGGAUCCUCUGCGCAGGGACAAUUACUACCAGGCCCAGCUGCCCAAGACAGUAGGGCUGCAGAGCGUCUACGAGAAAGUUCUACAUAGAGACUAUGACAGGACAGCUACUCUGCUCUCCCCUCCCCGUCCAGGGCGGCUCCCAGACCUUCAGGAGAUUGGGGUGCCCCUCUACCAGACCCCUCCUGGAAGAUACCUGUCCCCCAAAAAGGGAGCCAAUGAAAAUGUGUAACCCCAUGCUGCAUGUCUUCACACACAUAUACAGGUCACUCUGGAGAAACCCCUAAGUUAUUGACCGGUUUCAGUGUUGUAUAUAUAAAUAUGCAAGAUGUGCCUUAAAAUGAAGUUGUUGGAAGCUAUUUCCAAUCACAUUGGUACUGUUUGGUAUUUGCAAACAAAAAAAAUGUAGUUAAUGUAAUUUUUAUGAAAUGUGUGCAGCAUUUAAUUUUUCCUAUCAUGCUGUUGACUUUAGUUUCUCUUGCAGCUUGCCAUUUUCUUAGUGUUUUUAACCUGUACAUGGUGUAAUGUAAUGUUUGUAUAUAAUGAAAUUUUGUUAUAUUUUUAUAUAAUAAAAAGCUAAAGUGGAAGUUAUUGCCAAAGGAACUGUCUGUAAGACAAAAAAAAACACAAAAACAUGUUGAAAUUACUUAAUGGAAAUUUAUCUUUCACCAGAAACAACCUAGUGUUUGAGACGUUUUGCCUUGCCAAGUAUAACUUGUAUAUCUUGAGUCUGUGGUAGAUUUCCAGUUGAUGUUAUUUAAUUACAUUUGGUUUUCUGUAAACCAUGUCACUUAUAAGCACAGUAAUAAAGGAUUUGUCAUGU